CAACCACAACUUUCAUUUAGAGAGCUCUACAAACAGAACUCACAAAUAUUUUCUCUUUCAUUCUCCAUCUCACUUUCCGAUCUAAUCUUUGUUUAAAAAUGGUGAUGAUGAACACAAAGAAGCUACUCAAGAUGGCCAAGAAAUGGCAACAAAGAGCAGCCUUCAGCAGGAAAAGAAUCUCAUUUCAGAGGUCAAGUGCUUCAAGCAGCUCAACCACUGUAGAGAAGGGUUGUUUCGUGGUUUACACGGCAGAUAAAAUCCGCUUUGCUUUUCCUCUAAGUUACCUGAGCAACUCUAUCGUCCAAGAGCUAUUGAAAAUAUCUGAAGAAGAGUUGGGUCUCCCGACGGAAGGACCAAUCACAUUGACAUUCGAUUCGGCUUUUAUAGAGUAUCUCAUCAGAUUGAUUGAAAGACGAAUGGAUGGAGAAACCGAAAAUGCUCUGUUAUUGUCAAUCUCUAGUGCUAGAUGUUCUUUACAAUGUUCUCUGCAACAAGAAAGUAGUAUUACUCAACAACAGCUUGUAUUUUAGAGUUUAGCAGAUUUGGCUUUGUAAAGUUUAUAGUGGAUUAGAUAAAUCAUUUUCAGAAAUACGAACUGCAUAUGAUUUUGUCUCUCUUUGAAGUUGUCUCAUCAAAAUUCUAAAUCAACUUCCUAUUAAAAGAAAAGACCAUCU